GAAACAAGAGAAAUGAGAAGAGCUUUCAAAGCGGUGGAUUGCAAGAAACACGCGAACUAUCAAUCUUCAACAUUUGAGAGAUCUCUUAUUAAUCCAUUGAUAGCCAAUUUUACCUUGAGUUCGACUGAACAUAUCAUUCAUUGGUACAACUUCUGUUUGGAUAUAGAUGAUCACUGGCUUUGGAUACAGUCUCACAAACUGCAUCAAGACUUGUGUGUUUUCCAGUGCUACAAGUCUUCCUACGCAUCCAAAAGGCCUGAAGUUCGAAUGUGGGCCUCUCUAAAGUCUCGUCAUUAUACGAGUCUGCAAAGGAGCAUACAUCAUUUGCCGACCAACGACACUUUAUUAAGUAUACAAACAAGAAAUAAUCCCCUUUUGUUCCCCUACCCUCUGUUCAUCGCUAGACAUAAUCAACAUCUUCCGCAUUUUCUCGAGGAACUUCUUGCAGCUUACUCAAUAGUUUCUAGUGUGACAUCCAUGCCAGAGCUAAAACUCAUCUCAAAACAUAAGAUAGUGUUUGUUGCAUUUCCAAAUGUUUCAGAGAAACUAGUAUUGAAUCCACAGACAUGGCAUGGGAACAUUGUCCUCAUAGUGAAAGAAACUGUUCAACGUUAUUUUGGUAUCGAGUUGGUAAUUAAGGGAGCAGAAACAUUCUUAGAAAUGCGCAGAGCCCUAAAAUCACCAUUUCUUUGCUUCGAACAUAUAUUUUACAACACUCGAGCAGCUCAAAGGCCUGAAUCUUACACGCAUUGGCUGUAUUCGAAUGAUGCCAGUGAAAGACUCCAGAAGGUCAUUCAUAUGAAACUCAAGAAGCCAUCAUUUGCACAACUUUCUCCUGAGCCACUCUCAAAAAUAAUUAUGAUACAGAGAAACACAACAAGACGCAUACGGCGAGCUGAAAUAAUGACAAAAGAAUUGGAAAAAGUAUUUGGUGUCAAGGUUUCCAUUAUACUCUUCGAAUAUCUUUCUGCUUUACAACAGGCUCAGUUAAUGCACAGGGUGUCUAUUGUUAUUGCUGCGCAUGGAGCAAGUCUCUCAAAUAUCAUUUUUAUGAAGAGGGGAAGUGUUCUUAUAGAACUAUCUCCAUCUUUAUGCUCGGGAGAGGGCUACUUCGGGGCACUUGCGAAAUUUCUUGGGUUGACCUAUUUCCAUAUUUCAGGCAUGCAUCAAGAGUCCAAUGAAACCAACCAACUCUCACCAAGAAAUGGAUGCAGCAAAGUUUAUCGAUACAAGGACAUUGAUAUUGAGAUGGAAAAACUUUUGCAAGUGGUUAGUGCAGCUAUAAACUAUAUCAGUGAGAGUAAUAAUAAAUAAUUGUUCCUUAACAUACUCUUUGGAUUGUACGGCAGAUAGCAGAACGUCUCUGCGCAGCUGAAUAGAACACAAAAUAUUCCAUGAUAAAAGUGGUAUAGAUUGC